UACAGCAUGUCUACCCAGCCCAGGUUCAGUAUGUGGAGGGAAGUGACACAGUCUACACAAAUGGAACUAUUCGAACAACUUAUCCUUACACGGAAACCCAGAUGUAUAGCCAAAACACUGGGGGAAAUUACUUCGAUACUCAAGGAAGUUCUGCACAAGCAACAGCAGUGGUCUCCUCUCAUAGUAUGGUAGGCACCGGAGGGAUUCAGAUGGGUGUUGCAGGAGGACAGCUCAUUAGCAGCUCAGGAGGAACCUAUCUGAUUGGCAAUUCAAUGGAAAAUUCUGGUCAUUCAGUGACUCAUACAACACGGACUUCCCCAGCUACAAUUGAAAUGGCGAUUGAGACACUGCAAAAGUCUGAUGGUCUUUCUACUCACAGAAGCUCUCUUCUCAACAGCCAUCUCCAAUGGCUUUUAGACAACUAUGAAACCGCAGAAGGAGUGAGUCUUCCCAGAAGUACCCUUUACAACCAUUACUUACGUCAUUGUCAGGAGCACAAGUUAGAUCCAGUCAAUGCUGCCUCCUUUGGAAAACUCAUACGGUCAAUCUUCAUGGGAUUACGAACCAGAAGACUGGGAACCAGGGGGAACUCCAAAUACCAUUAUUAUGGGAUUCGUGUCAAACCAGAUUCUCCCCUUAAUCGGCUACAAGAGGACAUGCAAUAUAUGGCUAUGAGACAGCAACCCAUGCAGCAGAAACAGAGGUGCAAGCCUGUGCAGAAAGUGGAUGGAGUUGCAGAUGGUUUCACAGGAAGUGGUCAACAGACAGGCACAUCUGCUGAACAAACCAUAAUUGCCCAAAGUCAACAUCAUCAACAGUUUUUAGAUGCAUCUCGAGUACUUCCAGAGUUUGGAGAAGUUGAAAUAUCUUCUCUGCCAGAUGGUACUACCCUUGAGGACAUAAAAUCACUGCAAAGUCUUUACCGAGAGCACUGUGAGGCAAUAGUGGAUGUUGUUGUGAAUCUUCAGUUUAGCCUGAUAGAAAAAUUGUGGCAAACUUUCUGGCGCUAUUCUCCCUCUGCUCCAGCUGACGACACAGCUAUUAUUGAUCUGAGCAAUCUGAGUGAAAUAGAAAGUCGACUUCCAAAAGGAAAACUGAUCACUCUGUGCAAAAAUGAGUCUAUUCUGAAAUGGAUGGGUAAUUGUGACCAUGUGAUGUACCAGGCUUUGGUGGAGAUUCUCAUUCCUGAUGUCCUUAGACCUAUUCCUAGUGCCUUGACCCAAGCCAUUCGCAAUUUUGCAAAAAGCCUUGAAGGUUGGCUUUCCAGUGCCAUGAACAAUAUUCCACAGAGAAUGAUACAAACCAAGGUUGCCGCUGUAAGUGCCUUUGCCCAGACUUUGAGAAGAUACACAUCUCUUAAUCACCUGGCUCAGGCAGCUCGGGCUGUGCUUCAGAACACUUCUCAGAUCAACCAGAUGCUCAGUGAUCUCAAUCGUGUUGAUUUUGCCAAUGUACAGGAACAGGCUUCCUGGGUGUGUCAGUGUGAUGACAAUAUGGUUCAAAGACUAGAAACAGAUUUCAAGCUGACUCUUCAGCAGCAGAGCACUCUGGAGCAGUGGGCUGCCUGGCUUGAUAAUGUAAUGAUGCAAGCAUUGAAACCGUAUGAAGGAAGACCCAGCUUUCCUAAAGCAGCACGGCAAUUUCUUUUAAAAUGGUCUUUCUACAGCUCAAUGGUGAUUCGAGAUUUAACCUUACGCAGUGCUGCUAGCUUUGGCUCUUUUCAUCUGAUCCGCUUGCUUUAUGAUGAGUACAUGUUUUACUUAGUAGAACAUCGUGUUGCUCAGGCAACAGGAGAGACACCUAUCGCAGUUAUGGGAGAGUUUGGUGAUUUAAAUGCUAUAUCCCCUGGAAAUAUGGAUAAAGAUGAGGGCAGCGAAGUUGAAAGCGAAAUAGAAGAAGAGCUGGAUGAAAAUGGAGAGCCACAACCCAAGAGGGAGAAAACAGAACUAAACCAGGCGUUUCAGGUGGGCUGCAUGCAGCAGCCAGUGCUUGAGAGUGGAGUAGAGCAGAGCCUCCUGAACCCACUUCAUAAUGAGCACAUUGUUACAAAUACUCAGACUAUCAGACAAUGCAGUGCUACUGGAAAUACAUAUACUGCAGUCUAAUAUUGAAGCGCCCCCCCAACUAUGUUAGCCCUGUUGACGCUGGACUUAACUUGGGGGGGGGGGAAUAGGCCUGAAAGUUGACUUAUCAAAUUUUAUCUGUGCUGAACAUUACCUUUUAUUGGAGUUGUGAAAUGAAAUGGGUGUAUGCAUUUUGCCAGAUGUUUAAAAAAUUUGUAAGCAAAAUAAUUUUACAUUGGUUACUCAAUAUUAUGAGUUUUCCUAAUUUCAAGUGUCAAGGAAGAUUUUUGCCAAGCUUUUAAUGUUAAUGCUUUUGCCUCUUAAAAUAACUUUUUUUUUUCAUAGUUUAAAAAAUGUUUUAAUGUUAAUUAUUUGUCAUAAUGAUUUUUAAUUAGAUGCACUUCUGUGAAACAUUAAAAUAAAUACUUUCUUUGACUUAUAGAGGCACACUCAUUUGACAGCAGAUGCAUCAAAUUUGUUAUAAAUGGUGCUUUUCAUUGAACAGAACUAGAAGACACUAUUUUGAUGAAAUUGUGAGCAUUCAGGGGGUAUUUUAAUCAUAAUGUUGGAGAGUUGGGAGGAUCUGCUUUCUUUCUGUAAGGAAGAAGUGUUUUCACUGCAUUUACAAAUGCAGAAUGAGUGAUAGAAUUGUAACAAUGUGGUAAUAUGUACACUGUAGGCAUACCUAAUUAUCUGAUCACCGUGUAAACAAUACAAGCUUCCUUUAAAAUCAACAGCUCCAGAUUUGAUUUGCAUGACAGUUCCUCUGGUUUUGGAGACUACUGAUUCUAUAUUUGAGACCACUGCACAGAUGCUUUUGGUUGUUGAGUGGCACUGUAGUUGAUAGAAACUGAACCAGAAAAGAAGUGACUUGAUUUUUUUUUUAAGUGUACAUGCUACUUAUGCUGAACUGGACGUACAGAAAAACAUUCCUUUUGGAUGACUUUCUUCUGUUCCAGGUCUUUUCCUACUACUAGUUCAAUCUGCUGCUUUCAUAAAUAAUAAUUUAUAGAAUGUAAGGAAUGUAGCAACCUGCAUAAUUUUCUUUCCAAAAUAUAUUUCCUGAUUACUAAAGUAAAUUUAAAUUUUUACAAAAAUUUAAUAAGAUAGUUUAACUGGCACACCUCACUUGUACUUAUUCCCAAUUGCAUUGAAUUUGAAUAGGUGGCUAGAUGGACCAUUGCCAUUUAAGAAUGUACAUCAGGGAUAAUUGUACCUCGGCUAUUACAUGGUGCCUUAAACAGAACUGAAGCUAAGAUUCAGUACUUUUUGCUAUUCUUAAUAACUCUUAAAAUUUAUUCAACAAGGUGUGCCUGUCACUUUCAAAUUUCCUAAGUAUUAAGGGCAGGUUACAUAGUCUUCAAAGAAAUAAAAGGGUGUUUUAUUAUUAAGUAAUUUUAAUAUCCCUCUUAAAAUUGACAAAAGUAUUUUUUCUUGUUUCUAGAUGAAUUUCACUUUAUUACAAAUAAAAUUUGCUUGGGAACUUGAAAAGCAAAACUAGCUAUAAUACCAAUUUCAAAUGCUGUUAACAAAGUAAAUGGACCCUAGUCAUAAGCAUGGUUAUAUAUUUUUAAACCCUUGUCAGAUUUUACUUUUUAAAAGUCAGACUAAAUAAAUGAGCAGGUACAUAAUGCAGUGCAUAUUUUCAAUUCAUAUAUGUGGUAGGGUGUCAGCCUGAUGCUAUGUUUUAAUGAUUACAUCUUAUAGUGAUAGUCUAUACAUUCCAUAUUAAUUGAUAUUAAACAUCUGAUUUUUUCUGAUUAUUUUAAGCAUUUUCAUUAUUUUUAAAGCAGACACAUGGAUUCGCUAAGCUAAAAUAGUGAAAACAAAUAAAUAAAAGCAAAAAAAGUGAAGGAGAGAAUAAAAAAAUCAUUUUUAUAGAAAGGACUGUAUAAAAAAUUUAGGGAGUCUCUUGUUUUAUCUAGUGUGGCUGUGGAUUGAUUUUUUUUUUUAAAAGGCAUAUAUACUAAAUGGGUGAACAGCGUGUGAAAUGAACAGUGUAUUUUUAGCAAAGAAAUUUGUUGCUAGAGCUUUCAUAUGCUCCAAAACCAGUUACAGAUCAACUAAGAUGUCCUAACAUUUUUUGGUGUACAAAAUUAUUUGUAAAUUGCUUAGCAGAAUUUGGAGGCCAACCCACCCUGCUCCAUUCUAUGUAGGCACAAUUCCUACUGAUGUCAGUAGAUGUUUUUUGUCUCGGCAAAAAGUGCAAAUGAGGUUUAUGUUAAUUUAUCUCUAGAUUCACCUGUACGCUGAAUCCUCAUAGAUUUUGUUCUCCCAAAUAUCACUGCAUCCUGUCUUUUCCCUUAGAAAUCAGCACCCUUCACCAAAAAUCUUAAAAACUAACCUAUGAUAAAUAUUUACUCCCUUUUAUUUUGCAUUAUAAGAUUUUAACAAGUAAAAUAAAAUGAAAUAUUCAGCAUUUUCAUUUUUAACAUAGGGUGUUCUAUGCUGUACUGAUGGUCUGUAUUGCCUGGUUUCAUAUUUUGUGUUGACAAACCUUAAAUGUUUUCUUAUCAUUAUCUUUUAUUGGUAGAAUGUUGGAUUCAUUGUGGCUGAAAGAAAAGUAUGGUUGCAACAUGCAAAUCUAGAUUGCUAAGAAGAGGUGGGACCUGAAUAUCUUUUGACUGAUAUUUUGAACAGUUGAUCACUGUUCAUGUAGUGCAAAAAGAAAACAAGAUAUAUGUAUACAAAGGUAGAAUGUGUAUCAUGGAUUCUAAUACCAGUUAUCAAGACAAAUUUGAACUAUCCCCGAUGCAGAUAACUGAAUGGAGCUUGCAUUUCUAUGCUUAUCAACUGAUUAUUCUCUCAAAUUUUUAAUUAAUAUUUUCCCCAUGUUAACAAAUAUUUAAAAGAAUUACGUUGCUGUAAGCUGCUGCGUAUACUUACGGGCUUGAGAUUUUUGUGCUUUGCUUUUAAUUUUACUGCAAUUUUGAUCAAACAUACACAUAUGAAACAGUUUACACACUUUUGAUAUUUGUUAAUAGAUGGGUAUUGUUGAUGAUUUAAGAACAGAAAUAUGGAUACCUCAGUCCAAAUUAUGUAGUGUGUAGCAUGUGUCUGAAUUGCCACUCUGAAGCCUGCUUAAGUCUUUUAGAACUCUAAAGAGCUGUAGCAAACAUCCACUGGCUAGACAUUAUAAGGGCUCAUAUGAUUUGUGGAUUUUACCUGAUCUUGAUGUGAAAUUCAAAAUAAUUAUUUUAGAGACACUCCCCUUAUUAGCACAACUUAGUGAACACUGUGGCGGAAUGGGUAUUGUUGAAUUACUUUUUCAAAACACAGGGCCCAAUUUUCACAAGUUUUAUAUUUAUGAAAAGUUGGUACAUUUUCAUAUUUCUCAUUGUAAAUCAGUUUUUAAAAACCCCCUUCUUUUCAGUUGUCCAUGUUUUAUUAUUGUACUGUAGCAUGCUUUGUGCACCUUUUUUUUAAAUGUUCCAUUAAAAAUGUGGAGAAUAUUCUUGAAAUUGUUUACUUACAAAAUGAUGCUGUACAGCAUUUCUGCCUUUAGUUCACGAAUGUGUAAAAUAAUGUGCUGGUGUACUGUCACUGAGGAAUGUAUAGGUCUAUAAAACAUUUUAAUUUAAACUGAAACAUUUUUGAAUGUCUGAAACACUGCUUCUGUUCAAAACAUUUUCCACAGGAGGAGACCUGACCUGAUAUAUUUGUGUUUCUCACCAAAUGAUAUCAGCAUUGCUUAGAAAAACAUUUAUAUUAGUUAAAGCUACACUGCAAGCUAACUUAAUUUAUAGAGUGGUUUUACAAAAUAAAAUAACCUUUUAUAGUCAUUUAAAAAAUUGGUGAAAAAUUAACUUUUUAAAUAAUGUAAGUAUUUUUGGUACUUCAUGUGAUGGUGAUUUCAGAGGUUAAAACAUUCAUUUGAGAGAUCAGUAUACAUUUCUGAAAUGUAUCCUUGUCUGUAGAACAGGAAAACUAUCAUGUCUGUGGUUUAAAAACAGGUCAAUGAAUGGUAUUCUAGUAUCUUUGCAACUUUGGUGAUAAAAAAAAAACAAACAACAAAACAAGAAUGGAAGCAUAAAUACAAAGUACUUAGUUUUAGCCUCAAAAAAUUAAUGUAAUGCCUUGCAUUAACCCUUUGAGCAUUGUAAGGAUAUACUUUUUAGGUAAUUUAAUCAGACCACUGAAAAUAUUCUAUACAUUUAAGUAGCUGAUUGUCUUGCAGAUUUUUUUUUUUUAAUUUCUAAAUUAAAUACUUGCAUACUAGACAGAAAUGGUUUUGUUACAGAAGGCUCAAUAGAUUUAGGCUAUAUUAUUCACUGCCAUCAACAUGUACUGUCUGGUGCAAAGCACUACUGCUAUUUUGUUUCAAUAAUUGCAUAAAUAUCUGGAGAAAUCAAAUAUUUGACUCUACAGACAUAAGUUGUUUACUUUAAGAUGCCUUUAAAAGAUGGAGGUUUAGAAAAAAAAAAUAUAUAUUUGUACUAUUUUGAAAGUCCUUUAGAGUAAUAUUAAAAUACUCUAAUACUGUAAAUUAAAAUCUUUAAAAAUAAAACCAAAACUGCUUAGUUAACAAAAGAAAGAAUUUUACAGAACCCUUGGUAUUUUUGCAAUCAAAUUUUCUGCAGUCUAUUUGAUAAAUAGACAAAAAGGACACUGUUGUAAUAAUAUUAUUUUUAACAAGGGAACAAGUUCAGAAGUGAGUAGAGAGUUGUUGAAAAUAAUAGAUAGAAAUACCACCUUCCUGAGCUUUUCUACUGGUUCCUUGCAAUAGCAAUCAGCAACACUAGGUACAGAUGUAUUUAUUCAAAUCUAGCUGAGUGAAAAAAAAGUCUCAUUACAUUGUUUAGUGGAAUUACAUUAAUAACAUAGUGCAAGUAAGUUGUAAAGAUUUUUAGUCAGUUAAUGCACAGUCAUGCAUAAUUAAAUGCAAUACUCAAAGGGUUUGAAUUUAACAAUAUUUUAUUCAUAAUUUAUUGUAAAUGCUUCCCAGUUUGCAUGCCUUGAACACUGCUGCUAGUGAUUUUGUAUGCCAGCAGACCUGAGUUUAAUUUACCCAUUUUACUUAAGGAAUAGUAAAAGCCACUUACAAAGUGACUGCCUAGUUUUUGUUUGAGGAAAAUAUGCCUUAGUUUGAUCAUUUAAACUCUCUUGGUUUAUUAUGAUUUUUUUUCUUUUAAAAAAAGAAACCCAGCAAUUAAAAUGCUGGAAUCAGAAGCCCUGAGUAAUUAAACGUUUGGUAAAAAGCAUUCUUAUAAAUUGAUCAUUAAGGCUGAAAUUCAUUGUAGAGAAGAAAGUCCAUAACAAGACUACGAGCAUCAAAAUGACCCUCACUUAAAUCCGAAUCAGGGAAAUGCUCUUAUGGUCUUAAGUGCUUCCUUGAUUGUGGUGCAAAUGUCUUGCAAGAAUUUUCAGCACUGGGUGAACUUUACUCUAAAAUAAUAAAUAUUUUAAAAGAAUUAAGACUGUGGAGGGACAACCUCACUUUGCUGUUCACCAGGGACCUAAUCCAGUAUCUUUUGACUUGCUGAUAUCAACAAGAGGGUUGGUUUGUAUUAUUUUUGGUUUUUUUUUUUUACACAAAGAAUACUAAAGGGUUCCCAAAUACACUUUUAAAGUGAUUGCUUUGUAUUGAAACAUUAAAUAUCAUAUUAAAGUAACCCAAUAAAGCAAUUUAAAAUGUCAGAAAAAUAUAAUUUUGUACCAAAGCAAGUUUAUCAUCUUCACUGGAAAUUUGGAUUUACAGUAAUAACCAAUGAGGCUAUUAAAUAAACUUUGAGUGCCUUUCAAACACUUGGGAAAUUUUGCCUCAGGUGGUAAACUGUAAUUAGGUUAAUUCUAGAGUUUGCCAAUCAAUAAUUCUGUCAUCACUCAGGGCUUUCUUACCUUCUAGGAAACUUACUUGGUUCCAUUUAUUUUCUACUGUAUUUUUUUAAAGUGUCAUCAUUUAAAUUUCACUUAGUAAGUGGCAGAUUACAUGAUUCGGUCCCACAGGCACAGAAAUGUAAUAACACUAAGAGAAAUUGAACUUUUGUUUUCAUAUUUACUGCAUACAUUAUGUAAAUUAAGAAAGCAACUUUUUUGUAGACUGUACAUGUGAUGUAAUGUUGUUUUGCAGUUUUUUUAAUUAGUUGAACACCGUUUUUAAUUAUUUAAGGGAAACAUAUUUACAGAAUAAUUUGAUAGGUUUUUUGUAUAAUGUGUUUGAUUUUGUAAAUAUGUAUUUCCUGAUGUGAUUUUUUUUUUUUGUGAGAAAUGCUAAAUCUUUUCGUAUCUCAUGUCCUCUCAAAAUUGGAAGGAGUUAAAUAAUAGUUUGUGAGCAAUUUGUAUUGUGUACUGUAUAAUACCUAGGAAGCUUUUAUAAUUAUAAAAAUAUAUAUUAACUUUUAGUGUGUUGUUUAAAAAUAAUGACUGGAACAUACUAAAGACAGUAGGAUUUUUCUGAAUAUUUCAGACAUGAACUCAGGCUAGUUUUCUUGUGUUUUUCAAAACAAAAUUGUGUAUUGUCUUCUGAAAUAAAUUUGUUUUCCUGUUACAAACAUUUGACAUCUGAAUUGUUUUGGAGUUUAUAUAAUUAAAUAUUUUAAAUUUUAA